AUGAAGCUGGCCUCUUCAAAGGAGGACAAUUUGUUUGUCAUGUUGACAUGUGCCUUUUGCUGUGACCAUGAUGACUUGGAUGUGAUUGGUCUGACAUUCCACAAAGAUCUAUAUGUACAGGUCCAGCAAGUUGUCCCAGCUGAGCCCACCAGCCCCCAGAGGCCCCUCACAGUCCUGCAGGAGCGAUGGCUGCACACGCUGGGGGGCAAUACCUAACCCUUUACCCUGCAGAUGGUUGUCAACCUGCCAUAUUCAGUGAUACUGCCGCCAGGUCCUGAAGAUACAGGAAAAAUGAGGCCUGUGGGGUUGGCUUUGAAGCAAAGUUUCUGUGCUGGCAAUCUGGAGGCCAAAAUCCCCAAGAGAGACUCUGUGUAGCUGGUGAUUCAAAAAGUGCAGUUUGCACCCCUGGAGCCAGGCCCUGGCCCCUGGGUCCAGACCAUCCGCUGCUUCCUUCUGUCAGCUCAGCCCCUACAACUACGGGCCUGGACAGAGAGGAAGGUUCACUACCAUGGCAAACCCAUCUCUGUCGAUGUUUCUAUCAACAACCGCACCAACAAGGUCAUAAAAAAUAUCAAGAUCUCAAUUGACCAGAUCACAGGUGUUGUCCUGUAUUCACUAGACAAGUACUCCAAGACUGUGUCCAUGUGA